ACUGUCCUUUUCCUUCACCAAAACAACCCAUCUCCCUUUGUCCUUCUCCUCCAAAACACACUGCAAAUGGACAGAGUAACAGCCAAGCUCAACAUCACAAUUUUCUCCAUUCUCUUCUCCUUAUUAUCAUUGUCUUGUUCCAAUGUGAACUCAUUGUCUGAAGAACCCAAUGCAACAACUCCAAACUCAACAAAGCUAAACCUAAACCCCUUCACACCCAAGGCCUCACUCAUCAGGUACUGGAAAAACCACAUUUCCCAAAAUACCCCUCUACCGCCUUUCCUCCUCUCGAAAGCCUCCCCUUUAUCCCCCGUCCAGUCCUCGCUUUUCGCCGAUCUCCUCUCCCGAGACUCCCUCUCGUCCCACCUCGCCGCCUUCUGCUCGUCCGCCAACCUCCUCUGCCCCCUCGACUCCAAACCCGUCCUCGAAAACCGCAACAACGACGACGCCAACUUCACGUCGUACACGACAAACAAGGCAUUCACAAAUUACGGAAAUGCCCGUCUCGGAGGAUCCGACUUGUUCAAAUCCUACUCGGAAGGAAUCAACUUCGCCUCCGGCUCGUUCGCCCGAUAUAGCCGUGCGGCCACCGGCCGCCGGGAAAGCUUCACCGCCUACUCCGGAGACGCCAAUGUGGCGGCGGCCAACUUCACGUCGUACGCCGCCGGAGCCGGCGGCGGCUCCGGCGACUUCAAAAGCUACUCGGCGCGCGUGAACGUUCCCGACAACGAGUUCGUGACGUACGACUCGAACGCCAACGGGCACCGGCUCACGUUCGCGAGCUACGCCGACGAGACGAAUUCGGGAAGACAAUCGUUCGCCGGAUAUGGGAAAAAUGGGAACUCGGCGCCCGUCGGGUUCGCCAGCUACGGGAGCUCGUCGAACGUCGUGGGCUCGGCUUUCUCGGGUUACGGCGAGUCGGGCAACGGGGCGAACGACUCGUUCAAGUCGUACACGACGAACGCGAACAACCCGAGCAACAACUUCAAGAGCUACGGGUCGGGCGGGAACGGCGGGCUUGAUGGCUUCGCGAGCUACCGCGAGUCGGCGAACGCGGGCUCGGACGCUUUCCAAUCGUACGGGAAGGGGUCGAGCUCGGAAAAAACAAGCUUCUCGAACUAUGGGAAGUCGUUCAACGUCGGUUCCGACAUGUUCAAGGAGUACGCGAAGGGAUCGGUCGGGCAACUAGUCGGGUUCGAGAUUUACGGCGCGAACGCGACUUUCAAAGAGUACGCGAAGAAGAACGGCGUGACGUUCGCGCAAUACACGAAAACGGGCUUUCCGGUCAAUCAAGCCGUGGAACAGGGGAAAUUCUUUCGGGAGAGCUUGCUAAAACAGGGGACGGUGACGAGGAUGCCGGACAUAACCGACCGGAUGCCGAGGAGGUCGUUUUUGCCGCCAGGGAUCGAGUCGAGGCUGCCGUUCUCGACCGAGCGGCUGGCGGAGAUGAGACGGGCUUUUCGGGCCGGUGCCGGGUCGGGCGAGGCCCGAAUGCUCGAAAACGCGGUGGCGGAGUGCGAGCGGGAGCCGAGCAGGGGGGAGACGAAGAGGUGCGUGGGGUCCGCGGAGCGGAUGAUCGACUUCGCGGUGUCGGUGCUCGGUCGGGAGGCGGCGGUUCGGACGACGGAGGCUCCGUUUUCAUCAACUAAAUUUUCAGAAAUCGUUCCGCCGAUCAACCGCCGUGUUCUUCUCACGUCACUCUCUCUCACGCUAACCCCAUUUCUGACGUCACCACCGAUCAAUAGUCGCACACACUAUGGCGAUUUGUUUUCUUUGCCGGCAUCGGAGGCCCGCGGGCUCUUUCAAAUGCCACCCGUUCGCCUCACCAAUCGGUACUAUUUGGUGAGAGCAGGGGAAUCCGAAUACGAAAGCAUUGGCAUAAUUAACACAAAUCCGGUGGCUAAAACAUCCAUGGACAAUGGGUUAUCUGAAAAAGGCAAGAAACAGAUAGUCAGGGCAGCUUUGGACUUGAAAUCAAUGGGUGCCUGUGAAAAUAACUGCUGGAUUUGGCCUUCUAUUACUCAGAGAGCUUAUCAAUCUGCCGAGAUUAUUGCAGCCGUUAAUGGCAUCAACAGAAGUCAUAUAGUGCCCGAGUAUAGCUUCUUGGAUGCUCGGGGUUUGGGAGUGUAUGAAGGAAAGAAGCUCGACUCUGUCUCGGAGGUGUAUGCUUCGGAUAGCCUUUCACCGAACAUAAAGCCGCCUCCAAUAAAUGACGGGACACCAAAUGAAAGCGUUCAAGACGUAUUUGUUCGUGUCACACAACUCAUGUCCAUUCUCGAGACUCAAUAUUCUGAGGACACUGUCAUUAUAGUUUCGCCGGAUUCCGAUAACUUAACCGUGCUACAAGCCGGUUUGGUUGGCCUUGAAUUACGAAGGCAUGUGCACAUGGAUCUUGCUUUCAGGCCUGGUGAAGUGCGGUUCAUUGAUGCAAGUAAUGUACCAACUUACAAGCAACCUGCAUCUGCUGUUUAUAAAUGCUUAAACCCUCCAAGCUGCAAUUGAGUUUCUUUCUCUUCGCAUUUGAAAAAUCAGUUCAAGAUUUUAUGAUGUGUGUAUAUAUAAUUUGAACUGUAAAAAUCAAUCUGAUUUUGGAUUUUCCAGAGAAGCAAAUAGUGUAUUGCUGCUUGAUGGGGAUAUUAAUAAUGACUGUAGUUUAAUAAAUAUAUGUUGAUUGACUGUUGUUUGCAGUUUUGUAUCCUUGGAACAAAUUGAAUAGAGUUGUAUGUUAUAAAUUGUUCUUAGUGAAUGGAACUUAUAAAUG